AUGUCUUUGAGUUACAAUUCCUACAAUAACAAGUCCAUAUUACUUGGUGGCCGUUAUGAAAAGGUCAAGGAUCUUCAAUCUGGCACCUUUGGCCAAGUGUCUUUGGCAAAUGAUGUGUUGUCGGAUACAAGAGUGGCAAUCAAAUCUAUGAAGAAAUGUACACCUGAAGUCGAUGCUAUGGCCCACCAUGAAGUUUCAAUGUUGAAUAAAUUGAAAGGAAUAGAAGAAGUCUGUCAAUUGCUUGAUCAUUUUGAAUCUGAUGAUUAUCAUUUCUUGGUGUUUGAAUAUUGUGAAUUUGGAGAUUUGCAUGAAUUUCUCCAUGAUGAAGAAAACUUUGAAGUUCAAAAACCUUUUGACAAUUCAUUUGUCUUCAAACAAUUUGCCAUUGAUUUAAUCAAUGCUGUUAAGCAUUGUCACGAAAACGGUAUUUAUCAUCGUGAUAUCAAACCAGAGAAUAUUCUUGUCACAAGAGAUUUGAAGUUCAAAUUGGCGGAUUUCGGAUUGUCUUCGACCUCAAGAUAUUGCAAUGAAUCCAAUGUCGGUACCGAUAAAUAUAUGGCGCCAGAAUGUGUUUUUGAAGAUAAAACAAAUACCACCUAUUAUGAUUGUUUGUUUUCUGAUUACUGGUCGCUUGGGGUCUCGUUGAUGUACACUUUAUUUGGCUACGCUCCUUUCAAAAAAUGUGUCGAUGAUGACCAAUGGUUCAGGAAAUACCUCAAUGGUUCCCAUGACUCUUUGCAGGAUAGCUCUUCCGUCAAUGUAUUUUACGAUAUUUACCCAAACUUAUCAACCACUGGUUUUGAUUGCUUUGUUGAUACUUUGUUGCAAUUUGUCCCUGAAAAAAGAAGUUUGGAUGAUUGCUUGCAAAUGUUGGUUAAUGAUGAAGACACUGUGCAAGUGUUCACUGUUGAUGAAGAGUUGGAAAUUGAACAAUUUAAUAACAACAGCUUCAGUCAAUCCAGUGAUGAUGUCCCAUUCUUAGAUGAAAAAUUAAUGAUUUCGUCCAGUAUCGUUAAUAACGACGGUGUUAAUGAUAACGAUAUGUUCAAUGAAGAAUUUGAAAUUCUUGAAAUUGAAAGUCAAGACUUCUCUUCAGCAGAUGAUAGUUCUCCACAAAGCAUGUUUGAAGUGCACGGUAAUGACAGCAAGUUCUCUAUUCCACCAUCUCUCAUUGAUUCUACUGUCACUUCGGCGGCUCCAAUCAAGACUUUUGACAAGAAAUCUACUGAUGAUAAGAACUUUUUACAAACCUCCUCGGCCCUCACCCAAGGCCUUUCAUGGUACGAUUUCGAUGAUUUAGAUUGCUCAGAAUUGGUCAAUUCAUUCACCAAUGAUUUGAAUAUCUCAUCCACUACAACUACUACUCCACUUAACGGGGCCGAAACCCCUAGAAACAGCACGAACCAACCACCUGUGAAGACAAUCAAUUCAAUUUACCAAUCCAAGUUAACUUCAAUAGUUGCUAAUAACCAUGCAAAUUUCAAUGCCAACCAACCAACUACAAGUUCUCACCAAGUUGCUAGUAUUGAUGACUCCUGGUGGUGA